GGCGUCUCGUGUUUAGUAGUGUGUUUAUUGUGUGCUCAUCGCAGUAAUGUGAUGCUCUGGUGUCUGGAUUGUCUGCGGAGAGGAUAAACCGUGAUGGUAACGUCUUGAGUCUAACGAGCUUCACCUUGACGAAAAGCAACCCCUCCUGAAUAUUCCUCGUGAGCACUAGCAGUCAUGUCUAAUCUUAACAAUGCACUUUGCAUCGAAAGCGGCCAGAGCACAGACUUGUCGCUCUUGCACAAGGAUACUCUUCAGGAAAGUGGAUUAAGCCAGCUGUUGGAUUACAAUGCGGAAAUGGAAAGGUACAGGUCGCUUGCAAACUUUUACAAAUGCAAUGGGGCAUUUCAACAGACUGCUAAGAUCGCCCGCAUAACGACACCGAUUUUCCCCAGCGCCAGAAUCGGCGUGUCCCCUUGGAACUGUGAUAACGGCAUGCUCUGGGGAAGGAAAGCAGCAGCAAUAAACCCUAAUAGGACCGGCAUGCAUAGAAAUGAGUCCCAGAGGCCGGGGAAACCUGGCGUGCCGCUGGAGACGCUGCAAAUGGCAAAUAAUAAUUUCCUCUCCAGCUUAUCCCCCGAACACUGCAGACCUUUAGCAGGAGAAUGCAUGAACAAACUGAAAUGCAGUGCUGCCGAAGCAGAGAUAAUGAAUCUCCAGGAACGUGUUGGAACUUUUUCCACUAUUCCGGCGUUAGGGGGCAUCUCAUUACCCCCCGGGGUAAUCGUCAUGACAGCCCUUCACUCCCCCGCAGCCGUUACAGACAGUGCGUUUCAGUGCCCCCAGAAUAAUUCCUCCGCAUCCAGCGGGAACCCGACGAAAAAGAAAAGGAAAAGGUGUGGAGUCUGCACGCCCUGCAGGAGGCUGAUCAACUGUGGAGUGUGCAGCAGUUGUCGGAACCGUAAGACGGGUCACCAGAUCUGCAAGUUUCGGAAGUGCGAGGAGCUCAAAAAGAAGCCUGGCUCAUUGCUAGAGAGAACGGCAGUAAACACCGGGGAAGCGUUUCGAUGGUUCUUUUAGGAGUCUGAAACAAGGACAUCGUAUAUCACAGACUGAGCACAAAAACAUCUCGCAGGGACCCAAAAACCCAGACUGAGGAGGAGAGACGGCGGGACAAAAACA